UCCAUUUCAUUAAUGUCGGCACUGAUAGCGGCGCUUUUGGAGUAUCUUUAAUAAGCGGAUAUCUAUUCAUUCCUAUCGGCAGUAGCAACUCAAGCAUAACUUCUCAGUCACCAGUAGCAGCAGGUGGUGACUUUCGUGACAUGUCAAAGUACAAGUUCUCUGACGCUGUCAACGGAGAAGGAACAUCUGGUGCGAUGGGUAGCGGUAAAGGUGACGGAUGCUACGUUAAAACGGCAACGGGUUUCCUAAUCGGGUUUUUUGCAAUUACGAUAGCCGUUGGAGUCGGGUUAAUCGUGCACUUUGCUGAAAAUCGCAAAAUCGAGUGCGUCUUUCCAGAUCAAACUUCUGUCAAUGGUGGAUCGAAUGCUCAAGCUGUCCAAUGCCCGGAGCCUCCAACACCAACGCCAUGCCCGGUUUGUGCUGACAAGAUAUGUCCGACCUGCCCUGCACAGAAUCCUCUGACCAGCAGAGCGUGUCCACCAUGUCCAACACAACCAACAUCAGGUCCUCUGCCCACGGCAACGACCCGGACACCUCCACCCGUUACUGCAAAGCCAACAAGAAGCGUUAGACUGCCAACAGAUCUUAUUCCAUUGCAUUACGACCUUGCUCUCAAGCCGAAUAUGUAUGAUCCCGAUCCAACUAAAUUUACAUUUGAUGGGACCGUGUCCAUUAACCUGCAUUGUAACCAACAAACAAAUAAAGUUAUACUUCAUAGCAACAUGAUAAAUAUCACAAGUAUACCCCAAUUCACUGGACCACAAGGCUCCACUCUUCGAUAUUCAAUAUGGGAAGAAGACAAAGACCUCCAACAACUGGUCAUCCACCUAAAUGGCUAUACAGUCAAGGGCCAAAACUACACAUUAAGACUUCAGUUUACUGGUCCUUUAACAGAUGACCUCAUGGGAUUCUAUCUGAGUAGCUACAAGGAUGGCAACGAAACAGUGUACGUAGCCACUACCCAGAUGGAGCCUACUGACGCCCGCAAAGCGUUUCCGUGUUUUGACGAGCCUGCUAUGAAAGCAACUUUUAAAGUUACAUUGACAAGAAAGAAUACAAUGAUGUCGUUGUCAAAUAUGCCACUCGAAAGGAGCGUUCAUAAAGCAGAUAAUAUGGUAGACGAUAUAUAUCAAACCUCUUUGCAAAUGUCAACAUACCUGCUUGCAUUUGUUGUUGGUCAGUUCAAGAACACACAAGGAACGACAUCUAAUGGUCUUAUAUAUGGAGCCUGGGCUCGACCACAAUCUGUGGAGCAAACUAAAGUUGCACUGGAUGUAGGCACUCAGACUAUUGUCAACUAUGAGAACUAUUUUGAUAUUGCAUUUCCGCUUCCAAAGCAAGAUAUGAUUGCUAUUCCUGAUUUUGGCCUUGGAGCCAUGGAAAACUGGGGAUUAAUAACAUACCGAGAGACCGCCAUGUUGUACAAUUCUGUCGUAUCGUCCGAAGCCAACAAGCAAAGGGUCACCACCGUUAUCACCCAUGAGCUUGCACAUCAGUGGUUUGGGGACCUGGUUACCAUGGAUUGGUGGGACGAUAUUUGGUUGAACGAGGGAUUUGCAACGUUUGUCGAGUACAUGGGAGCUGACAUGAUACACCCAGACUGGCAAAUGUGGGAGCAGUUCAUCUAUGAUGAAUUACAUUUGGCUCUGGAGCUAGAUUCGCUCGUUUCCUCUCAUCCUAUAUACGUGCCUGUAAACGAUCCUGUGGAGAUACAUGAGAUAUUUGACACCAUCUCCUAUUCAAAGGGAGGAUCAGUCAUUAGGAUGAUGCGAUACAUCCUUGGUGAGGAGACAUUCAGACAAGGACUUACGAAGUACCUGAAUAGUCACAAAUACGCAAACGCAAAUCACGAUGACCUAUGGGAAGCCUUGCAUGAACAAUCCAGGAUAGAUGGUAAAGUCACAGAUGUUAAAGGUAUAAUGGACACAUGGACACUCCAAAUGAACUACCCAGUAGUAAUGGUGACGACCAAUGGCAGUCAGCUUAGAUUCCAGCAGUCGAGAUUUCUAAAGAAUUCGGCGGCAAAUGACACUGGAAAAUAUCCAUCACCGUUUAACUACCGAUGGAGGAUUCCUAUAACUUACACGACAAGCAAAGCACCAACCUUUGCCGAAAACAUUUCCUACACAUGGCUUGAUCAAGAAUUCGCUGAUGUAACGAUAACUCCUAUGAACGAUGGUGACUGGGUUUUGGUAAAUGUAAAUCAGUAUGGUGUCUACCGCGUGAACUACGCUGCCUCUAACUGGAAUGCGUUGGUGAAGCAACUCAAAGCAAAACACGAGGUUAUAUCUACAAUUAAUAGAGCACAGAUUAUUAACGACGCCUGGAGUCUUUCGAAAGCUGGUCAGUUAAGCACAGAAAUUGCGUUGAGUACCUUGGAGUAUUUGGACCAAGAGAUGGACUAUGUUGUUUGGGCGGCUGCAGAAGACCAAAUUACAUAUUUGGAUGAUAUGUUGAAGAAUACUGAUCUAUAUGGAAGUUUUAAGUCCUUCAUGCUGUCAAAAUUGAGCGGUCCUUUCCAACACUAUGGACUUGAUGACACAAAUGCAACUCAUAUUGAAUCUCUAACACGUAGCAAGAUUGCUGGACUUGCCUGCUCAUACGGACUGCAAGAAUGUGUGAAUGAAGCUGUCAGACUGUUUGAACAAUGGAUGGAUAAUCCAGAUAGGAAUCCGAUAGAUCCUGACCUACGGCUUCCCGUCUAUUGCACGGCUAUUGCCGAAGGUGGAAGUCAAGAAUGGGACUUUGCCUUUGAGAUGUUCAAAUCUGCAACUGUAGCAACAGAGAAAGUUACGCUUUCACAUGCGUUAGCUUGCACAAGCGAACCAUGGCUUCUUAGCAGAUAUUUAGAGCUGAGCAUCACCCCGGAAGUUGUGAGGAAACAAGAUGCAACUAAGGUCUUGGUCUACAUUGGUCAAAACCCCAUUGGACAACUGCUAACAUGGGACUUUGUUAGAGGAGAAUGGGAUUACCUCCAAAAUACAUAUGGUAAAGGCGUGUUUUCUUUUACGAGUCUUAUCAGAGGACUGACUUCCUCCUUUAACACAGAAUUCCAGCUUUCUCAGCUGCAGCAGUUCCAAAUGCAACAUCCAGAUAUGGGAACAGGGAAUAGAGCUUUCCAGCAAGCUAUGGAAAACACUGAAACAAAUAUUAAAUGGAUGGCACUGAACAAAAAUGCAAUUUCAAGUUGGCUUGACAAUGUCGGUGUUACCCUUGAAACCCGGGUCAAGGACGUUCGCCUUCCUACACAUUUGGUUCCCGAUCUUUAUGAUAUUGUAUUGCAACCGAACAUGUAUAGCGGCGAUCCGGAAAGUUUCACAUUUGAUGGAUAUGUUAAAAUACACAUGACCGCAAAUUCUACUGGGCGUAAUGUUACUGUACAUGCGAACAAGCUUAAUAUACAAGAAGGAUCUAUUAAAUUUGGCAAGAAAGACGGAUCGAGUGGGCCGAGCUACAGAAAUCUCAGAGAAACGGACAAGCAGCGACAGUUUGAGAUAUUCUUCCUUGAUCAAGACGUUAUUGCCGGACAGGAAUAUUUUAUUGAGAUGAACUUCACGGGUCCACUGAUAGGGGAUCUUGCAGGCCUUUAUCUCAGUCAAUACAAACGAGGAAACGAGACUGUAUACAUUGCGACAUCACAGAUGGAGCCGACGGAUGCUCGAAAGUCGUUUCCGUGUUUCGACGAACCUAAUAUCAAGGCUAAAUUUAAUGUAAAGUUAGUCAGACAUAGCAGCAUGAAAUCGAUAUCAAACAUGCCUAUCAUCAGUAACUUCACACUAGGAGACGGAAUGGUGGUAGAUGUCUUCGAUACCUCGGCCAAGAUGUCUACAUACUUGCUAGCUUUUAUUGUCUGUGAUUUUGAGUAUAUAGAGGGCAAAACAGCAAAGGGAACAAGGUAUCGGGCGUGGGCAAGACCAGAAUCCAUUGAGCAAGCAAAAGUUGCGCUUGAAGUCGGCGUUAAGAUCCUUUCUCACUAUGAAGAUUACUUCGGAGAAGACUUCCCGCUACCAAAACAAGAUAUGAUAGCCGUGCCUGAUUUUUCUGCUGGUGCCAUGGAAAACUGGGGACUUAUUACCUACCGGGAGACGGCCAUGUUGUACGAACCAGGAGUAUCGUCAGAAGGCAACCUACAGAGAGUUAAUGUCGUCAUAGCUCACGAGUUGGCGCACCAGUGGUUUGGAGACCUGGUGACAAUGGAUUGGUGGGAUGACUUGUGGCUGAACGAGGGAUUUGCUAGCUUUGUGGAAUACAUGGGCACCGACUUCGUUCAUCCUGACUGGAAAAUGUUUGAGCAAUUCAUCAACGAAGAUCUACACAGGGUGUUUGAUAUUGAUUCGCUUGUGACGUCACAUCCUAUAUAUGUACCUGUUUCACAUCCAGAUGAAAUUAAUGAGAUUUUCGACGGAAUUUCGUAUUCAAAAGGUGGAUCGGUGAUACGAAUGAUGAGAUUUUUCUUGGGAGAAGAGACAUUCAAAAAGGGACUACAGUUGUACAUAGACAAUCGGAAAUAUCAGAAUGCUUUCCAUGAUGAUCUAUGGUUGGCUCUUGAGAGGCAAGCAAACAACGAAGGCAAACACUUGAAAGUAGUUGAUAUUAUGAAUACAUGGAUAUUGCAAAUGAAUUAUCCAGUUGUUACUAUAUCCAAAGCUGAUAGUGGUAACAUAAUAAUCACACAAGAGCGCUUUUUGAAAAACAAGGAUGCGAGAGACCCGAAAAAAUACACAUCUCCGUACGGGUACCAGUGGAUGAUUCCAUUUACAUUUACAACGAGUGCCUCUGCUGAUUUUAACGUGACUGACGCCGAUGUUCAUUGGCUCAACAACAAAACAAUGCAAUUGAACAGCGAAUACCCAACAACCGGUUGGAUUCUUGGCAACAUCCAGCAGUAUGGUGUGUACCGUGUGAAUUACGACGAGAAUAAUUGGAAUGAGUUGAUAAAGCAACUGAAAGACAACCACACGGCUAUAAGCACAAUAAACAGAGCUCAAAUUAUCAACGACGCUUUCGGAUUUGCGGCAGCAAAACAGUUGCCAAUGAGUAUAGCCUUGAAGACAUUGGAGUACCUUAACACAGAAGAGGAGUAUGUGCCCUGGGUUGCUGCAGGAGAUGAGCUCGGUUUCAUUGACUCAAUGUUGAAGGAUACUGAGCUGUACGGGCCAUUUAAGAGAUUUAUGCGUGAAAAGGUUGAUACCCAGUUCAAAAGAAUCGGAAUGAACAAUACUGGCGCAUCACAUCUAGAGUCAUAUCUUCGGUCUGAAAUUUCUGCGCAUGCGUGCACCUAUGGCAACCAGAAAUGCAUUGUCGAAGCUUUGGAGCUGUUUAGACAGUACAUGGCCAAUGAAGGUGUCAACCCGAUCGAUCCGGGCCUCAAGUCCACAGUAUACUGUACGGCCCUGAGAGAGGGUGGAGAGGAGGAGUGGAAUUUUGCUUUCAAACUGUACAUGACAGCUACGGUGCAAGCCGAGAAAUCCCGCCUUCUGACGUCACUCUCCUGCACAAGAGAACCGUGGAUUCUUAACAAAAUGUUGACCCUGGCACUUGAUGAAAGUGUUGUCAGAAAACAAGAUGCCUACAAGGUGUUCAUCUACGUUGGUAGAAACACUGUAGGUCGUGGACUGGCUUGGGAUUUUUUUAGAGGAAGGUGGAAUGACAUUUACGAAACGUACGGCACAGGUUCAUUCUCUUUAAGUGAUAUCAUAUCCGGUGUGACGGCAUCAUUCAACACAGAGUUCCACCUUCAACAGCUGAGAGAUUUCGAAAAAGCUCAUUCGAAUAUGGGUUCUGGGACCAGAGCCUUUUCGCAGACCAUCGAGAAUACAUUGACAAAUAUCAGAUGGAUGAACGAAAAUUACAACAUUGUUGAUACAUGGCUGGGAAAAUAUAAAAACUGACUUUUGACAUAAUAUUUUGUUAUGUAUAAUUGUGUAUAUAUUAUCAUGAUGUGUGUUGGAUGCAUGUUUUUAUAUGUUAUAAAAAUAUAUUUGCCUUUAAUCGCCGAAAGUAUCAAUUCGAAGAGUGACACAUGCACGGUAUAUACGACUAAACUAACAUUUGUUGAACAACUGCUGUAUUCAAAUAGCUUUAAAUUCUAUUCACUUUAAUAUAACAUUUUAUACGGAUCUUAAAUAUUCUGUUAUUGAUAUUGUAUUAUCAGAAGCUAUUGCUCAAUCAUUGUUCGAUGGAAAAAUCAUCUUGUCAAAACGUUCAUUCCAAGAAAAAAUACGUCAAAAACGACGUCGAGAAUGUCACAUAGUAACAUGCAUUAUUAAACAAACAUGAACAUGACUACAAAGUAGGUAACUAUUAACGUUUUGUAACUUUUACGCUGUCUUGGAACGGGUUUCUGGUUAAGCUCCUGUAACUAUGUAACAGUGUGUUUGAAAUUAACUAAAUACCCUUGUAUUAGUAUCGCUCUACGACAUUUCUGCAAAACGGAUUGUCCGUAUGAGAACAUGCUAGCAGCAAGCUUGUUUAAUUACAGUAGUUUAUGAAUUCGACUCAACAAGGUUGAAUAAUAAUCAUAUAUGUGUGAAUAUAAGCCAAUCAUUUGACACCUGUACAAAUCGUUUGUAGAAUUUAUUUUACAGGUAUUUUAAAGUUUGCGUUACGCGUUUUGUAC